GUAGCUUAACUGUACAUAAACAUAUACAGGAGACAAACAAUGUCAGUGUGAUAUCUGUGGUAAAUCGUUCUCCCAAAGGAGUAAUUUAACUAUUCAUAAAAGCAUUCAUACAGGAGAGAAAUAGUACCACUUUGAUGUGUGUUGUAAAUCAUUUCUUUGGCAUGCCAGUUUAGCUAAAAACAAUUGCACACAUACAGGGAUGAAACCUUAUCACUGUGAUAUCUGUGGUAAAUCAUUCUCUCAGAAUGGUAACUUAGUUAGACACAGUCGUAUUCAUACAGGAGAGAAGCCAUAUCGCUGUGAUAUAUGUGGUAAAUCAUUCUCUCAGAAUGAUAACUUAGCUGCGCAUAAUCGCAUUCAUACAGGAGACAAGCCAUAUCGCUGUGAUAUCUGUGGUAAAUCAUUCUCUAAGAAUGAUGGCUUAGCUAAACACUGUCGCAGUCAUACAGGUGAGAAGCCAUAUUGCUGUGAUAUCUGUGGUAAAUCAUUCUCUCAAAAUGGUCACUUAGCUAUGCACAGUCGCAUUCAUACAGGAGAAAAACCAUUUCAGUGUGAUAUCUGUGGUAAAUCAUUCUCUCAGAAUGAACACUUAGCUAAACACAAUCGCAUUCAUACAGGAGAGAAGCCAUAUUGCUGUGAUAUCUGUGGAAAAUCAUUCGCUCACGAUCAUGGCUUGGCUAAGCAUCAUCACAUUCAUUCAAAAGAGAAGACAUUUCACUGUGAUAUCUGUGGUAAAUCAUUCUCUCAGAAUGAUAGUCUGACUAAGCACAUUCACAUAGGAAAGAAAAGACAUUGCUGUGAUAUUUGUGGUAAAUCAUUCUCUCAAAAUCACAACUUAACUAAACACAUUCACAUUCAUACAGGAGAGAAGCCAUAUCGCUGUGAUAUCUGUGGUAAAUCAUUCUCUCAGAAUGAACAUUUAGCUAGACACAAUCGCAUUCAUACAGGAGAGAAGCCAUAUCGCUGUGAUAUCUGUGGUACAUCAUUCUCUCAGAAGGAUAAUUUAGCUAAACACAAUCGCAUUCAUACAGGAGAGAAGCCAUAUCGCUGUGAUAUCUGUGGUAAAUCAUUCUCUCACAAUUAUCACUUAGUUAUGCACAAUCGUAUUCAUACAGGAGAGAAACCGUAUCACUGUGAUGUCUGUGGUAAAUCGUUUUCUUGGAAUGAUAGCUUAGCUAAACACAAUCGCAUUCAUACAGGUGAGAAACCGUAUUGUUGUGAUAUCUGUGGUAAAUCAUUCUCUCAGAGUCGUCAGUUAGCUGUGCAUAAUCGCAUUCAUACAGGAGAGAAUCCAUAUCGCUGUGAUAUAUGUGGUAAAUCAUUCUCUUACAACGAUAGCUUAGCUAAACACUGUCGCAUUCAUACAGGAGAGAAGCCAUAUUGCUGUGAUAUGUGUGGUAAAUCAUUCUCUCGGAAUGACCAAUUAGCUGUGCACAUUCGCAUUCAUACAGGAGAGAAGCCAUAUCACUGUGAUAAAUCAUUCUCUUACAACGAUAGCUUAGCUAAACACUGUCGCAUUCAUACAGGAGAGAAGCCAUAUCACUGUGAUAUCUGUGGUAAAUCAUUCUCUCACAACAAUAGCUUAUCUAAACACUGUCGCAUUCAUACAGGAGAGAAGUCAUAUCGCUGUGAUAUCUGUGGUAAAUCAUUCUCUCGGAAUGACCACUUAGUUGUGCACAUUCGCAUUCAUACGGGAGAGGAGCCAUAUCGUUGUGAUAUCUGUGGUAAAUCAUUCUCUCGGAAUGACCACUUAGCUAAACAUUGUCACAUUCACACUGGAAAGAAAACAUUGUUGUGAUAUCUGUGGUAAAUCAUUCUCCCGCAAUGAUUGCUAAGCUAAAUACUAUUGCAUUCAUACAGGAGAGAAGCCAUAUCACUGUGAUAUAUGUGGUAAAUCGUUUUCUCAGUAUGACUGCUUAGCUAAGCACAAUCACAUUCAUUCAGAAGUGAAGACAUUUCCCUGUGAUAAAUUAUUCUCUCGGAAUGAUUACUUAGCUGUGCACAAUCGUAUUCAUAGAAGAGAGAAACCAUAUUGCUGUGAUAUCCGGGGUAAAUUAUUCUCUCAGAGUGGUCACUUAACUAAACUCAAAAGCAUUCAUACAAGAGAGAAAACACUGUGAUACCUGUGGUAAAUCAUUGUUUUGAAAUGGUAGACAGAUCUAUUCUUCAGUUGGCUAACCAGGAAUAUAGCAUCAGUCAUGUCCCUGACCGGCACAAACCCAGACUGCAUCUCCUCUCCACUAACUCUUUCCUUAAUUAAUUUACAUCACCUGGUACAGCAACUUGAUACCUCUGUAAAAUUCACCAUUUUAUUAACUAUGGGCAGUACUGAUGGGCCUAUCUACUAUGAUAAAGAACUCGGUUAGGUCAGUCAUUUAUGGCUUUAGGUAUGGACACAUAAGUUAGUUAUUGACUGACAUGAUCGUUUAUAGGCAGUGUACUUUAUUUUUUUUUUUUUGCAGCUGUUACUGGGCCCUUCUACCUCCUCUAUACAGCGGCAAGGAUGCUGAGGCAUUGGAGUUGAGGAAAUCAACUGGCUGCCUCUCCCAAAAUUUCAGUCAUUGCGCCUAUAGUAGAAAAGAUUAUUGAUCCCAGUGAUGCAAUAUAUUUUGGUCUAGAAGCGAUGUCCACUUUUAGAUGUAGAAAAUAGAGUUGGGGGAGUCAACAAUAAUUGUCGGUUUAAGGUGGCAGGCUGGCGGAAUUGAUAGCAGACU